AUGGCGGUUACCAAGAUCCCAACUAUUCUAACCCCCAAUAUCAGUCAGCCUCCCCGAUGGGCUACAACCAGCAACAACAAGGUCCUUAUGGACCUCCUCAGGGUUCUUACGGUCAGGAUCCUUAUGCGCAAGGCGGAUAUCCCCAACAAGGCGGUUAUUAUCAGCAAGGUGGGUAUCCUCCGCAAGGGUACCCCGCCGGCCCAUAUCAACAAUACCCCCACAAGGCACCUACGACGAUGA